CUUGCAGUUUUUGUUUUAAGGAUAAUUUUAAUAUAUUUUUAUUUAAGCUGUUUUGUAUAAUGGCUUUUUCAGCUGAGGAUGCCAAGACUGCUAGUGCUGUUUGGGAAAAAAUCUAUGCGGAUGUUGAGGAUAAUGGUGCUGUUGUAUUAAGCAGAAUGUUCAAAGAAAAUCCUCAUACUGUGAGCUACUUUAAAAACUUCACACAGCUGCAGUCUGUUGCUGAGACUACUUCUGCUGCAGAGAUUGCAGCUCUGGCUGAAGUUCGAGCCCAUGGGAAGAAAGUUUUCUCAGCCUUGAAUGAUUUGGUAUCACACUUGACCAAUGUGGAUUCUUUAAAAGGGACCGUUGCUCCAUUAGCCAAGCAGCAUGCUACUGAGCUAAAAGUAGAUGUGAAGGACUUUAGGAUCAUCUUUGAAAAUCUGCUAGAUCUCAUUGGAGAGAAGCAAGAUACAGAUGCCAAAGAAGCCUUUAAGAAAGUGACAGAUCUAAUAUAUGAGAGAAUAAAAGCUGCAUAUUGAUCCACUGUGUAAUCAAAUUUCAAUAAAUAAAACAUAACUCAA